ACUCUAUCUUGUGUUUCCUUCCUGAUUUGUUGAUAGAUUCGUUCGUGCUGAUGGCACCACACACAGGAGGCUGCAGCACGGAGACGAUAGUUACUUUAUUGAUUUGUGUAGGAAGCUAGAAGCUGCAAUUUUCGUCGUCCAAUGUGUGAUUCGUAGAAAGUGUAAUUCGUUGUCCAACAGAUAAUGGAAAAUCCCUGCCAGAGAGAUGGAUUGUUUCGAGGUGGUGGAGGAGGCAGUUCUGUUAAGACAGUCAAGAAUAAACUCAAUCCAAAACCGGAAGAGCAAGUUCAAAGACAUGUCAAAGGUGACAAAAUUGUUGUCGUCGAUGGCAAUGUAUUCUCAGUUAAUAGUAUCGUCCUAGCCACUCAAAGCAGCUUUUUCCAAAGUAUGUUUACAAGUGGUAUGAUAGAGACCAAUGAAAGGAAGGUCGUUUUAAAGGACCCGCUUAUUAAUCCAAAAGGGUUCAGAGACUGGCUUGCAGAAAUCUCCUCGCCUGGAUCUGUUGACUUAACAACUGGGAAUAUAUUAGACGUAUGGAAAGUUGCAAAUUUUACACAGAGUCACUGGGUUCUACACCGAUGUAAAUGUACAAUUAGUGCUCUUGUUUUAUCCUAUUUGAACUACUCAACAUCAAUAAAAGAGUUUGUUAUUAGUGUUUACAGUUUGGCGUACUUGUUCGAUGAUAAAUGUCUACAAAAUUUGACGAGAGAUUUUGUUAGUGAUAACGUGUCUGAAGCUUUGCAUAACAGUGAGUUCCAAAAUGCAAUUGGUGGUGGCAAGUUGCUGGAGAUCCUGAAGGCACGUGAUCUGUUGGUGUUGUCUGAAGAGGAACUGUUUCUAGGGAUCAUGGAUUGGAUCAAUUUUGAUGUCAUUGCAAGAGAACCCUUUCUAGUCGACAUUUUGAAGCUUCUAUAUCUCCAUGAGGUUCCUGCUGCGACUCUAAAAGAGAACCUGUACAGGGGAAAAUUUAUGAUGGAUAAACAAUUCCUUGAAUUAUAUUUUAGUGCCAUAGAUGAGACUAAAGAAAUCCGGCCACGAAGACCAGCAUAUCAAAGGUGUUCCUUGGAGGGGCAUAAGUUUUUAGUAACAUUCAAAUGCAAACGGCCGAUGUACUACGAACACGAAGAAGACAAGUGGCAUCCUCUCCCUGGGGCUACUGUUCCCCCGGGACGGAUCAUAAAAUGUACGAGCACGUUCAGUACGAUAUAUGCUCUUGUUAAAUCUACUAACCCAGUGGAUAGCAAACAGCCAUGGGCAGAGGAUUCUGGCAGCUUCACCAAAAUCUGGGAAUACUCGUGUCAAACCAAUAAAUGGGAACAGCUAUAUUCACCGACGUCUAACCCUGAUGAUCUGUUGUACCUUCAAGGGACUCUGUACCUGAUGGACAACUGGAGGAUGUGGAAAAGAGUUGGGGGUUCACACAGGUUUACCAGAUGGAGUGAAUGCGAAAGAUGUGAUCGUGUCGAUACUAUAUAUAGGCAAACAAUUUCAUUUGGUUUCGGGAAGUACAUCAUUCGAUUUGGUAGAUGUAUAAAAUCCAGAAAAAUAAUAUUUAAAUGUUAUGACGUCAACUACAAUACGUACAGGCUAAUUGGAUAUCAGAUGGCCAGACCGAUUAUUGUUCAAAAGGGAGGGGUACAUUCGGUAAUGAUGAUUGAUGGUAGCGGUAUAUACGACUGGUAUAAAUGGGUUAAAUAUUGUAUCAAUAAUGAUGAAGUCAUGGACUCGAAAUCAGGUGCAGCGUUUCUACUUCCUCAAGAUGGGAGCCCUCGUCAGCAGUCAAACAGAGCAAUUCUACUAAAAGGUAAACUUCACUACGUUGUUGGACAGACCCUGUUUCUGCCCAAUGCAGACCGUACGAACAGUAAAAAUGUCUGCAGAAAUAUAACGAAAAUCAAGAAGAAAGUUUCAAUUUUGCCAGGGGACAAGAAUAUUGCUUCUAUUAGUCUUCUUCGGGAAUGCUUUCUUUGAACUUGCAAUCAGGAAGAAAUUCAAAUAGGAUUAGACAGCUUCGUGUAUUGUAAAUCUCUCACAUAAGGCCAAAAACAAAAAAAAAUUGUUUGUUACCCUCCUCCACCCGCCCCUAACUCUUUGAAAAAAUAGGGGCGGAAAAACAAAAAAAAACUUUUUUUUCUUUACAAAUUAA